AUGGAAAGCAGCUACGCGUUCUCCAAGCUCUCAGAUGUGGACCCCAGGGACUGCUACUUGCCUCAGAGCCCAACUGGCGAGUACCACAAUAUCUCCGCAGCAAUGGAGCAAGCACUGGCAGCGUUUGAAGUACCACCGGCGCCGAUACUCUCUGUGGCUUGGUCUGCUUGCAACUCCUCCAUGAGGCCUGGAGAUCCCUGCAAGGAGUUCUUCCCGGACAGGUCCGAUGUUGUGGCAUGUGCCAGGGUGGAGUUUAAACCCGCUCAGCCAGCGGACAUCUCAUGCCCAGUGGAAUGGUACGAGAUCGAACGCAAUGAGGAGAUAAUCGCCACGGUGCGGCCGUCGCAAAACGGCCUGGUCGAUGCCUUCACGGCCGCGUCGUACACUGCCGCUCACUACGACGGCUUUUGGGGCACACUGUUCUCAUGUUUCGCGACGAUUCCCAACCGCAACCUGCACGACAAGCAGCUAUACAGGAGCCAGCGGGGGCAUGAGGGUCGUAUCGUUGUUGGAAGCAUUCAUCUGCAGAUGCAGUGCGAGGGAAGUAUGGGUGUGCUGGGCAGAAAGGUUGCAACUUCAAAAGUCUUCUACACUCCACUGAGGGGCGCCAGGAACACGACGUCUGCGGAGUUUCAGUGGACCUUGCUUCAGGAUGCGCAGCUCGUAGACGUGGCGAACAACUUCUCGCGGCUGAGAUCGGGCAAGUGGGGCCUGGCGAGCCACUUGGCAGGCACGUGCGAUCCGUUCGUAACCUUCCCGCAGCAGCUCAUUGGCUCCUACGACCCACGCGCUCUGCUGGGCUACGAGUUGUUUAUGGAUGAUGGAUUGGGUGGUCCCUUUCAUCUGGCCUAUGACGGCAUCGGCAGGCGCUGGAGCAAUACGGCGAAGAUAUUUGGACUUAUGCCUGAGCGCACCUACCGCGCCUUCGUGCGUGCAGUGUCUUUUGUGGGUGCAGGCGAGGCGGUGCAAGACGGCAUGAGCAAUGCCAGUGACAUGCUGUAUUUCAAGAUGGCCAUGCCGCUCCCCGUCAACCUGUCAGCUGCCUCUGUUGGUUUAAAGUCCGUCCAGCUGACCUGGGAAAUGCCCUAUGCCGAGACAGCUGAUGCCCUCCCGCUGCCUGGUACGAGCAGGGACUUCAAGGUGUCCCAGUACAUUGUUCAGAUGGCCAUGGAGCCAGGCUUCGACAAUUGGCAUCUUGGACAUGCAGGCAUUCUGGUGACCCAGCUGGAGCCGGACUUUCGCUAUGCCCUGCGCGUUCUGGCAAACUCGGAGCUACCAGGUGGUGCCAUGCUGGGUACGGGCACGCGAAUGGAAGCGGUAACCACGGAUUGGGGCGCGCGCGGCUACAUGCACCUCGCCAUGUGUUCGUGGGAUCCGGCUGUGGAAGAUCCGAAACUGGUGUACGAUGGCUUUGGACAUGCCACAACAGUGCAGUUCACUGUUGCAAACGCAACAUGUGGCAGGCAGUAUAAGGCGGGAGUCUUGUGCUGCAAAGGGCUUCACAUGCAUCACAAGUUCUAUACAGUGCCACAGCUUGCUUCCAUGGCUGAGCGCCGCUGCAGCAGCAGCCGCGGUGGCGAAGCAAAGCAGCCAGCACCGGAGCUUUCACAGUUGGGUGUUUGCGAGCAGAGCUCCAACGAAUCCUAUCGAAUCCUGCAAGCCAACGUAAAGGCUGCCUGGCGUACCUCGAAAUGUGGUUGUCACCAAUACGACAACGUCCUCAGUUUCUAUUGCGUGGGAAGAUGUGUACCGAUUCAUCAGUACAGAAUCCUGCGUUACUAUCCAGAAGCUGGUUUUCAAGUCGUGGGAUAUGCCAGCCCUGCUGAUGGCGUCCUACAACUGCCCGCUAAUCGAACGUACGUGGAUGACGGACGCUGCUUCUUUGCCAAUCCAGCGGAUGACGACGGGUCCUGUACUUGUCCUCCAUCAUGUUUGCAAGCAGGUCAGCUUUACCGUUAUCAGGUUCAAGCAUGUGUCUUAGGGGCCUACGGCGUGGACACCUUGGAGCUUGCUGAGGGCCCGCUCGGCUGUGGGCCCAACUCCAACACUGUCUCAGCAUAUGCCGGGGACCUCUCCGAAGCACCUCGCGACAUUCGUUUGGGCGAGCCUGAGGGCAGCGAGGUUUUGUUGUACUGGACGGCCCCGAGUACCGAUGGCCUGAAUGGCUCCAGCUUUUCCUACGAGAUCGAAAUGGAUGUUGGUGGCGUCUUUACGACUCUGGGCCUGACGACAGGAACUAGCUUUCGCAUCACCGGCCUGCAGCUGCAAUUUGCGUACAUCUUCAGGAUCAGCACCUACAACGGGGCUGGAUAUGUCACGCGCUCCAAUGUCAUUGGGUACACUGCGACACUUCCGCCUGCAGUUCCGGAGUCAGCAAGCCCUGUUGCAAGGUUUCUUGGUUGGAUGUGUCCCUUCAGCGACAGCGGCAGUUGCUGCGACUUGCCACUCCCGGCAGGCCUUGCAGUCGUCAUGUCGAAGCUGAUACGUGUGUCGAUCCGCUUCAGUGCUACAGCGGUGAACGGAUACGCUUGGGCAAUGGUUGUGGAGACCGGCAACCUCAACCUCGUAACUCCAGUAACCAUGAAGGACGGCACCUAUGCCGUUGGUGGCGCAGCCUGCUAUCGGGUUCAGCAGGCGGUUGCGCGGGCGGAAGUCUACUUCUGGCGGCUGGGAAGUGACGACAACCCAUCGGACCCAACAGGAUGCUUCUUGUCACAUGGUGGAACCUACGGCAUCGUGGUCUACGUGCAAAGCGUGACCAGCUUUGAUGCAGGGCUCAAUGAUGGGACUUUGUCGGGCGCCAUCGAAUUUACGGUGAUUACCGGGCGCUCGAACACCUACUAUAGCUCCCCAGCCCUCAACAGCCCACUCACUGAGAGUGGGGUCACUCUGGCCUUCACGCCGCGCCGGCCUGGAUAUGGUUGGGCGAUGAUCCUGACUGAAGAACAGGCCCGAUCUGCAACGAAGGAGCAUGUCUACAGAUUGGAAGGCGCUCUGGGAGGGCCGUUCUGCAAGCAUGGCCCUCGACAACUUUUUGCAUACCGAGAAGAAGCGUGGGUGUUCUCAGGCUGCCUUUUGACAGUCGGAAGUCGAUACACAGUGCUGGCCUACAUUUCUGGCAUUGGAGCACAUCUGGACGGAACUGUUGAUGGCGUCGCCUCGAUUGCAACCAGUGCCAGCAACGCGUUCUCCACAUACCCGACGAUCUCGGGCCCACCCAGCGGGGAUGGCAUCACAGUUCAGCUGCGAACAAGGUCAAGCGGCUACCUUUGGCUGAUGAUUACCGUGGGACCCGUGGCACUGACCAUCGACCUGAUCAAGGUCGUGGUGUUGCUAGGUGUUUGCUCCCUUCCUGAGGCAUCCGUAGACGACACGCAAUCUUUCGACCUCACGGAUUGCAAGCUGAACUCCGGCCCCGAGUACGCCUUGCAUUCCUACAUCGAAGGAUCCUUGGUAGCCGCGAACAAGCGAUCAUCUUCAAAGCCCGACGAGCUUCACAGGAAUGAUGGCAGCUUUGCAGGAACUGUGACGUUCCAGGUAACCCCCUCCAACAUCUUCGUGGUUUACCCAUCCAUCAUCACGGAGACCACGGGGCUUGGUUUCACUUUCCAGAUGACUGCAUCCUUCGUUGGGCGCUUCUGGUGCCUUCUGCGUGAGGGCAAUGCGGCGAUCACGGUUGAGGAGAUCAAGUCCGGCACCGGGGCGUUGGGCCUGCAGCAGUGCCAGCGCAGCUCCGAGACCCUGACUGCGACGCUUCAGGAGCUGGUCCUCACCAAUUGCCAGCUCAGCCAAGACAGACUCUACAGCCUCUACGUGUACAUUGAGGCCGGCACGCAGCGAGCCUUGGAGCAGCUGCAAUCAGCUGACUUCAACGGCAACAAUGAUGGCAUCAUGGCUGGGCCCAUUACUUUCUAUGUGCUGGAUACCAACAGCUUUGAAGACUCGCCUCGGCCCGUCGAAAACUCUGCCACUCUAGACGGGGUGCGACUGAGCUUUAUGGCCAGCAGAGAGGGCUUUGCGUGGGCUGCCCUUUUCGACGACUACACAGCAGCGGAGUAUUUCGUAAAUGCUCCAGCAUUCCUUGAUCGGCCUGCGGCCCAGAUCGCGGUAAGUUUCCACUUCCUCAAUUCUUCGUACUACCCAGAAAACAACGAAUCUUGUGCCCCGGCCGGGGUGCCCGUGCUUGCUUCGGGCAACUUCACCAACAUGACCCUCGCGGGUUGCGGCUUGAACUACAGCGCAACGUACUGGGCACUGGUCUACAUUGAAGGCACGGCACAUUUCCGCCUCUACGACAGCCUGCCCUUGUGGCCAGUACGACCAGGCUUUCUCUGGAUUCUCAUCGUGCACGAGAACCACACAGAUAAAGUCGACAUGAAAGCAGUUAAGUCUGGAGUGGUGCCAUCCGGUGAGGUCGUGUGUAGCCUACCUGAGAUCGUGGUGAACCAGAGCGUGGAGCCGCUAGUCGUUGAGCAGUGUCAGCUGCUGGCAACCUUCUCAUACUUUGCCUUCUUCUACGUAGAAGGCUCGGAAGCUGUGUCAUGGCUGUUUCAUGCGCCGGAGGAGCUGUGGACACAUGGGCAAGGCAUGGCGGAGGACUCCAACUUAGGCAUCCGUUUGAACAGGAUAUGCUGCAUCGGUGCGGGGUAUGUGGGCGGCCCAACCAUGGCGACAAUUGCCUUGAAGUGUCCGGAUCUUCAGGUGAGUAUCGUGGAUAUGAAUGAGGAGCGAAUUGCUGCAUGGAACUCCGACAGCCUUCCCAUCUACGAGCCUGGGCUUGACGAGGUGGUCAAGGCAUGCCGGAAUAAGAACCUUUUCUUUUCCACGGAUGUGAAGAAGGGCAUUGAGGAUGCCGACAUCAUCUUUGCUUCCGUCAAUACGCCUACAAAGACCCAAGGUGUUGGCAAAGGUAGGGCCGCCGACCUGAGAUUUAUCGAGAGCGUCGGACGCACCAUCGCCCAGUAUGCCAACAGGAGUAAGAUAGUCAUCGAGAAGUCGACGGUCCCCAUCAAAACAGCGGAGGCCAUAGCAAGGGUCUUAACGGCCAAUGAAGAGGCGAACGGUGGCCGAAAAAACUUCUGGAUCCUUUCAAAUCCGGAGUUCCUCGCAGAAGGCACAGCGAUGAAGGACCUGGACCAGCCAGAUCGGGUACUGAUAGGUGGGCAGGAAGAGGCAGCGAUCAAAGUGCUCGUCGACAUCUAUGCCCAUUGGGUCCCUAGAAACAGGAUUUUGACCACGAACCUCUGGAGCUCUGAGCUUUCCAAGCUUCUUGACCUGGAUGGCUUUUGCUUUGUUUUUAUCAUGUUUGUUUUCAUGUUGGUGGCCAACGCCAUGCUCGCACAACGGGUCAGCAGCAUCAACUCGAUCUCCAGACUCUGCGAGCGCACAGGCGCUGACGUCAAAGAAGUGUCCAGAGCCAUUGGAACCGAUUCACGUAUUGGUCCCAAGUUCCUGAAUGCUUCUGUGGGCUUUGGUGGCUCAUGCUUCCAGAAGGACAUCCUGAAUCUGGUGUACAUUUGCCAGCAGUUUGGUCUAGAGGAAGUUGCUGCCUACUGGCAGCAGGUGGUGGACAUGAACGACCACCAAAAGAUAGCUUUCACGAGCAAGAUCAUUUCAGCAUUGUUCAACACCGUGACGAAGAAGAAAAUCGCCGUGUUUGGCUUCGCUUUCAAGAAGGACACCGGCGACGUGCGAGAAACUCCAGCGCUCACCGUGUGCGACAUGCUGAUGAAAGACGGGGCCUUGGUGCAUAUCUACGAUCCCAAAGUCGAAAUCGCAGACGCCCUGCAAGAAUUCAAGUAUCACGACAUAGAGGUGAACCAGAGCCAGUUCAUCUUCACCAAAAGCCCCGAGGAAGCUUGCGAUGGCGCGCAUGCCAUCAUUGUUCUCACCGAGUGGGACGAGUUCAAAGAAUAUGACUAUGAGGCUUUCUACCAAAAGAUGAUGAAGCCGGCGUUCCUUUUUGAUGGACGCAACAUGCUGGACCACGCUGCCCUUGAAGAGAUAGGCUUCGAAGUCCAUGCGUUGGGCAAGGCGCGGGCGGCCAAGCAUGCCAGAGGCGAGCAGGACUUUGUGCUGCGUGCCGGCAGCGCUUACCUUGAUGUGUAG